AUGACUAAUAAUUUAAAGUUGAAUCCAGUUCUUCCGAAAAGCUAUGCCCCUCCACCAGCACCUUCCCCUUCGUUAGCACAGACCAGCAAUACUUUCUCCGCCAAUACUACUAAUAAUACUAAGAAUCAUUUCCAUGAUAAUGGAUAUAACCAUGUGAAUUCUUAUAUUAAUCGAUGGCGAGGACGUGGGGGAGGAGUAGGCAUAGGUGUAAGAGGGAGAGGUGUUUAUGGAGGAGCAAGAGGGAAGUUCAAUAAUUCACCUAAUUAUAGAGGCGGACGACAAGCUUAUAAUAAUAAUGGAUAUGAAUCUUACAGUGGACAAACAGAUAACAGUGUUCAAAGUGGAGAACAAAUAAUAAACUUUAUUCCUACAGAACCUCAAUUAAAACAAGAAAGUAGUAACGAUUCACCAAUUCCGAAUUCCAUUCCGCAAUUUAACAUACAUCAAGAUUUCCUGCAGACGACAAACUCAUUUCAUCCUAACCUGUAUCCGGUUUCAUCAUCACCGAAUCAACAGUUCUCUGUGGGACAGUCAUCAAUUACAACCCCACAAACUUCAACAUUUCCGUAUGUUCAAUUAACUGACACCUCACAGUCUAGAUUUAAAGCUUCGAAUACGGGUUUUAAUGUAAAUAGACCAAGUAAACUUCAUUUUGAAAGAGUUACGCAACCGAGAAUCAAAAUGAAACUUGAAACCCCUGAAGAAAUUGCAAAAUGGAUAGAAGAAAGAAAAAAACGAUAUCCCACCGAUGCAAACAUUGCCAAAAAAAAACAACAAGAAGCAGAAAGGAUCGCAAGAGGAGAAAUGAUCACCAAAACAAAUGCAAAACUGAGGGACAAGCGACUUGGAAAUUCGGAAUGGGGAACUGGCAACAAGCAAAAGAAGCCCAGGCUUAAUCAGAAUCAUCGCCCUGAAAACUUUGAUGAUAUCAGACUAGGUGCUGAUAUUCUGAUCGCUGCCGCGUCUGCUGCUCCGUUUGGACGAGAGACAAAUUUGAGCGAAGAGUAUAUUUCACAAAACGCCAAGAUUGAAGAGCUCGAUGAUUCAAGCAAAUUAAAGGGCAAUGACAAUGACAAUGUUCAGACUUUCAUUGGGCAUAAUAAAAAGUUUGCUCAUCUUAAAAAAACAAUUUGUAUACAUUAUAAAAAUGGACAUUGUAAACACGGAAAUAAAUGUAGGUAUAUACACGAAAGGCCCGGGAAAGAAUCUCAGUCCAAACACGAAGCAAAAUCACGACAAUCCGGAAAUCUACUGCGAAUGCUUAUCGAAAAAGAAAUUCAAAAAGAGCGAAAUAUCCUUUUGCAAAGCAUUCGGUAUAUAGUAGAUAAAAAUUUCUUUCAGAUUGUGAGUAACGACUCGCUAGAAGCCGCAAAGAGACGAAAAGGUCCAGCUAUUGAAGAGUUGCAAAAUGACUGA